CGCUGGUGUGGUAAUGUCCGCCAUGUUUUCCACGGUGCAGCGUCCCGUUAACGCCGCUCACCGGUGAGUCCUCGGGCCGGUUACCGGAGCAGCUGAUACGCCGAUGAGCUCACGCGCACACGUGGUGUCGGUGCGGGUUCGUGCGGGGUCCGCGCUUCCCUCGAAUUGGCGCUGAUUUGGCGCAAACCAUGAGUAAACUGUCGUUCCGAGCGCGCGCGCUAGACGCCUCCAAACCGCUCCCGGUGUACCGGAGCAGAGACCUGCCGGACCUCGCGGACUGCGGCUCCAUCAACCGGGCCGUCCCGCAGAUGCCCACCGGGAUGGAGAAGGACGAGGAGCUGGAGCAUCACCUGCAGAGGGCGAUCUCAGCCCACCAGGUGUUCAGAGAGAAGAAGGAGAACAUGGUGAUCCCUGUUCCCGAGUCGGAGAGCAACGCCACGUACUACGACCGCCUGUACCGGGGGGACGCCACGGUCCCCAAGCAGCUGAUCCACAUCCAGCCUCUGGGUCUGGACCAGGACCAGCCGGACUACGACAUGGACUCUGAAGACGAGACGCUGCUCCUCAGGCUCAACAGGAAGAUGGAGAUCAGACCUCUACAGUUUGAGACCAUGGUGGACCGACUGGAGAAGGCCACCACACAGCAGAUGGUCUCUCUCUCGGAGGCGAAGCAGCUGCUGAACGAGGACGACUUCCUGCUGCAGUCGGUGUACGACUACUGGGUGAGGAAGAGGCGGAGCCCUGUAGCUCCGCCCCUCACGCCGCAUGUCAAACAGGAGCGGAGAGACGGGUCCACCAACGGAGACGCCUACGUGGCCUUCAGGCGCCGCACGGAGAAGAUGCAGACCAGGAAGAACCGUAAGAACGACGAGGCGUCGUACGAGAAGAUGCUGAGGCUGAGGAGAGAGUUCCGCCGGACUGUCAGCAUCCUGGAGAUGAUCAAGAGGAGGGAGAAGUCCAAGAGAGAGGUGCUGCACCUCACCCUGGAGGAGGCGGAGAGGAGGUACCAGAUGGAAGACUUCAGUGGAGAAACUCUCAGGGAGGUUUCACUCCCCCUGGUGGAGAAACCAGCAUACAGCAUCCCGGUGACUCUGAACAACAGACACAGAACAGACGUCAAGAAGAAGCCGGUCUCAGACCCGCUCCCCUUCAGCCCGAUGAGACCCAAGAAGACCGGCAGGCGGGACCGGCUCCGCCCCCCCCAGAGGCGCCCCUGCAGACCGCCCGGCCCCUUCACCGUCAACAAGGCCGACAUCCAGCAGUACGACUUCCACAGCUCUGGAGAGGAGGACAGCCCUCCCCCCCCCUCCCCCCUGUGUCCUUCGUCUUCAUCCGAUGAAGAGCAAAACAAUCCUGAUGGAGUUUAUGUCUUCAGGAGGAAAGCUGGCUGUGAAUAUCUCUCACCGGGGACGAGGCAGCCGGGUGGAGACGGUCCCCUGGGGCUCGGCACGCUGCCUCCGUGUCUCCGUCACUCUCUGGCCGAGCUGAUUCUGCCUCCUCAUUGGACGGGACUGAGCCGGCGCAGGAUAGGCCGGGGGGGCAGGAUCCUGCUGGACCGGGCCUCCUCGCUGCUGGACCCGGUCCUGAAGCGGCUGGACUCUCUGGCUCACCCGGCCUGCGGGGCCACGCUGGGCCAGAGGAGCACCCUGGCCUCCGGGGCCUCCUCUCUGACGGAGGUCCUGAGCAACAUCCAGACCCUGAGGAGGUUCUGCUUCAGGCCCAGACCGCUUCAGGGCCCGAGGGAGGGCGGCACCAGGACCGCGGAGGCCUCCGCGGAGGGCGCCAGAGUCACCUGUUGCCUUUCGCCUCGCAAGAACUCAGCAGGGGGCAUCACAGAGGAGCAGUACCACAGCCACCAGCAGCAGCUGGUCCAGAGGCAGAAACAUCUGGAGAAGCUUCAGCGACAGGACUCUGCUUCAGCCCGACCGCCCGCCCCCCACCGGACACAGUCCAGUGAGUCCAGUUCAAAGACUCUGGACUCGGCCAGCGCUCAGUUUGCAGCCUCGGCUGUGAUCAGCGCUCCUCCUCCUGCGCCUCCUUCUGCGCCUCCUCGUGGCCACAUCAACAGUGAGAACAAACCCUACAAGGCCAACGGAGUCCUCCAUCCUCCAGGUCCCUCCAGGACUCCGUACUCUUCCUCGUCGUCUCUCAGCCGGUUGGGGCUUUCAGCUCGGGGGUCACCCUCCUCCUCCUCUUCCUCCUCCUCUUCCUCCUCCUCCUCCUCUUCCUCCCCCCUCUCUCUGCCUAACCAGAGGAACCAACUGGGAUCUGUCUCCCAACACUCGGCUCGACUCUCCGUGACCCCGACGUCUGCCUUAAAGCUCGCCGGCCUCGACCGGGCGCCCAAAGCCUCCACCGCCAGAGACGCUCAUGAGUCGGAGCGACCUGUGAACGGCCUGACAGAGACCACCCUGCCCAUGGAGGUCACAUGACCCCUCACCUGCUGCUCCUCCUCCUCCUCCUCCUCCAUCAGCCCUUCCUCCGACUCCUCCUCUCCCUUCCAUCACUCCCUGCUCCUCCCCUCCUCCUCUUCCUCCAUCACCCUCCUCAGUGACCGGUGAAUGUGACACUCCCUGACCUCCACCAAAAGAAGUGGUGUCAGAAUCAGAACAUUUUACUUAAUGAUUGUUGUUGUUAUUGUUAUUAUUAUUAUUAUUAUUAUUAUUAUUGUACAGUUUGUAAAUGUCUUUGUGAAAUAGUUUUGUUAUUUCAUCCGUUUGGUUUGUAAAGCAGAUCAUCAUGAGACUCAGGAGGCCUGGGAUCUGUAUCUGUGCUCUGAUUGGUCCGUGAUGAGUCUGUAUCUGUGCUCUGAUUGGUCCGUGAAGAGUCGUAUUUAUUUCUCAUGUUUACAUUUUGUAUUCCAGAACGUGAGUCUUGGUUUUAGUCCCCUCCCCCAGAGGGAGAAUGAUUUAAAGAUGAAAGUUGAUAUUUUUUUAAUGUUUUUUAAUCGUGUCCAUGGCUCCUGAUCCUUGAGCAUUAAAACACCAACAUGAGACGCUCUGCACGGCAACAACGGGUUUUAUAUUUUUAAACUAGUCGAGUGACGAGGUUCCUGUGGUCUGAAUCAUGUGAAGAAGUGUGUGUGUGUGUGUGUGUGUGUGCGCGCGCGCCUGCGUGUGUGUGUGCGUGCCUGCGUGUGUGUGCGUGACGGUUCACACAUUCGCUCACUCUGUUAAGUAAAUAAAAAAGAGACACACUUUG